CAUCUCUAGUUAGAACAUUAUUUUGACAUAUUGAUAAGAGCAUAAAAACAAAGACCAAAUUAAUCUUUUAAUCAACUUAAAUUUUUAUAUUAUUCGAAUGCCACCAAUUAAUAAUAUGGAAAAAUUAAGCAAUCAAAUUGGUUAUUUAUUGUUGCAAGAUGACGGUGCAGUUAUCGGUUCAGGUGGUGAUUUGGAAAAUGAUGAAAAAAGUGCAAAUAUAUUUAUGGAGUUUCUACACUUAGCUGAAAGUGUCGAUGACAACUUCAUGCCCAACAAAAGUUGUGAAAGAAUUUCUAUUGUAUAUGAGGAUCAUUCAUACAAUAUUUCCAUGAGCAAUCACAAAAUCUAUAUUGUAAAAUUAAAAAAUGCAACGCGCGGAAAUGCCGGAUAUGGUGUCGCCAACAAUAGUGCCAACGUAGUAUUUUCAGAAAAUGAAAAUUCUGGGGUCACAUCGAUAUUAACUUGAGACGCCACUGUGCCCUGCUGUGUGCUUUGUCAUCGUAAUCGAAGUAUGCGAGAGUUAAAUGCCUAUCAUGAGGAAGUGCGUCGCUUUAAUUGGAAAACACCUUUUAUUUAUUUAAUUAUACUGUUUAUUUGUCAAAAAAUA